CAAACAUGGCCGCCGCCUCGAGCUGUGCCGUUUGCCUGCCAGAGCCUGAGACAUGAGAUUGAAAAUGAGAGAAUAUUUCUGAAGAACCAUCCUGUGACGUGGAAAUGGAAGGAUUUAUGAGAGAGGGCUCCCAUCUUUCCAUUCUAGGUGAUAAUUGGGACUGUAAGAACCGGGAGGGACAUUUGAGACAAUCAGGUUUAACUCAGGAGAAACCAGGGGCUCAGGAAGCAAUUUGUGAAUAUUCUGGACUUGAAGAGCAUUUGAGUGCAAGCUCAGACCUUCUGCCAUCUAAGAGAGUACCUGCAAACGGUUUUCAUAUAUGUGACUCAGAUAUUAAAAGUUUGGAUUGUGACCCAGCUUUACACAGUUGUCAGAAAAAUUAUGGAGCUAAGAGAAGUGGUGACAGUGACUCAUGUGGAAAAGCCUUCAACCAUUCUGUGGAAGUUUUUCAACUUGGAAGAGAUCAAAUGAGAGAGAAACCCUAUAAAUACACGGAAAGUGUUAAAUCUUUCAACCAUUUUACCCCUCUUGGUGAGCAAAAAAUAGCAAAAAGAGGAAAGAAAGUGUAUGAAGGUAAGGACUUUGGGGACAUCUUCACCCUGAGUUCAUCUCUUAAUGAAAACAGGAAGGGUCACCUUGGAGAGAAACUGUAUAAAUGCACUGAAUGUGGCAAAUGCUUCAAACGGAACUCCUCUCUCGUGUUGCAUCACCGAACUCACACUGGAGAGAAACCUUAUACUUGUAACGAAUGUGGAAAAUCGUUUUCCAAGAACUACAACCUGAUUGUGCAUCAAAGAAUCCAUACAGGAGAGAGGCCCUAUAAAUGCAAUAAAUGUGGGAAAGCCUUCAGUGAUGGGUCAGCUCUCACACAACACCAGAGAAUUCACACUGGUGAGAAACCUUACGAAUGUCUAGAGUGUGGGAAAACCUUCAACCGAAAUUCAUCUCUGAUCUUGCAUCAAAGAACUCAUACAGGAGAAAAACCAUAUAGAUGUAAUGAGUGUGGGAAACCUUUUACCGACAUCUCCCAUCUCACUGUGCAUCUCAGAAUCCACACCGGGGAGAAGCCCUAUGAAUGUAGCAAAUGUGGAAAGGCUUUCCGGGAUGGCUCAUACCUUACCCAACAUGAGAGGACUCACACUGGAGAGAAGCCCUUUGAAUGUGUGGAGUGCGGGAAAUCCUUCAACCGAAAUUCUCACCUCAUUGUACAUCAAAAAAUCCACUCUGGGGAGAAACCCUACGAAUGUAAAGAGUGUGGGAAAACCUUCAUUGAGAGUGCUUACCUCAUCCGGCACCAGAGGAUUCAUACUGGUGAGAAGCCCUAUGGCUGUAACCAGUGUCAGAAACUUUUUAGGAACAUUGCUGGCCUUAUCCGGCACCAGAGGACUCAUACUGGUGAGAAGCCCUAUGAGUGUAAUCAGUGUGGCAAAGCUUUCAGGGAUAGCUCCUGUCUGACCAAGCACCAGAGAAUUCACACAAAGGAGACCCCAUACCAGUGUCCUGAAUGUGGAAAGUCGUUCAAGCAGAACUCUCACCUGGCGGUACAUCAGAGACUCCACAACAGGGAGGGCCCCAGCCAGUGUCCUCAGUGUGGAAAAACAUUCAGAAGGAGCUCGUCCCUCAUCCGACAUCAGAGAACACACUCUGGAGAGCAACCCAUAGAAACAUAAUGAAUGUGGGCCACAUUUGUCCCCUGACUUGGUCUCAAAAAGCUGUGUGAAGGAGGAAUGUCUUCAGGGGUGACUUUUCCCUAUCAGCGGAAAAGAGUUCUUUAAGCUAUCCAGUGAAUUGAUGAAUGUGAGGCAUUCCUUAGCCAUACUAUUAAAUCUAAACAAUAAGGAACUCCUGGGGAAAACAGGAUGGUAAUAAAUGUGGACAAGGCUUCAGGAAUGAUGCAGCCAAUACUAAGUGUAAUAGCGCACACACUGGAAUAAAAUCUGUGAAUGUCAAGAAGAUAAUUCCCUGGAGAUGCAUCAGAGUGCUUAAAUAGUAAAGAACCUGUGAAUGUAUUCAGUAAGUAAUUGGUAUGUGGAAUCCUUUAAUAAGGAAUGUCUGCCUUGUACAUAAGCAAACUCUUACUAGGAUCAAGUGUAAUCAGUGAGAAAAGCUUUUGGCAGCUCUUACUGUCUACUCUGUAUCAGCGAAGACAUCCUGGUGAUAGACUGCACACAGUUUUCCACCCCUUGGCAACCACAGAAUUGUAGUUAGAUUUUGCUGUUUGUAUGUCUGCCUAUGUUACAAUCCUGUCGGAUGCUGAAGAUUUGUUUCAGAAUGGGCAGCCGGAUGAGGACGUUGCUUGAGAAUGAACAGUGAAAUUGUCCCUGUUAAGACUGAAGCCGGCUCGUACUAAGAUGGAAAGGGCUGCUGUUGAGAAAUGUGAUGCGUUACUUUAGUUGUGGAAAUGAGUUCCUGUGAUUGAUAUCACCUCCCCCCAUUGUUCAUCUAGGACAUUUCUAAUUUGUUUUAUGCAGUCAUGCUGAACCAUAAUUAUGAAGGUUUUGUUACCAUGUUGAAAAUGCGUAUAAUAUGGCAGGCAACAACAACAAUAAAAGAGGCAUAAAAUAGAAGACUUGCUGUUAUUCCAGCCAUGUAGAGGUAUGUGCACGUAUGGGUGUAGAUUGGAUGUUGGUCAUGGAGAAAUAAACGUGGUUUUCUUA